AUAUCCGAUGCCUACCGAAAUAAUAAUUUUGAUGGCCGAAAAAGAUGAAGAUGCUACACAAUGAUGCUGAUUAUUGUAAAGAGCAAUUAGAGCGUCUUAUGGCCGAAAAGACAUGAACAAUCAAGAGCACAGAAAAGAUGUGACAAAUGAGAGAGAAGUGGAAUGCUAUUAUCGCCCAGGAGGAAAAAGAACAGAUGGGUUGAAAGCUGCUGAUAUAGUGCCUAUUCUUAGAGAGAGGGUGGCCUACCUGUCAGGUGGGCGAGACCGACGUGGUGGACCAAUAUUAACGUUUCCAUCGCGUACACAUAAUGAUCGGUUAGACCAUGAUGAUCUCAGGCGUCUCAUGACCUACCUAGCCAGGAUCCCUAGUGAUGAUGUGAGGGACAAAGGUUUUACUGUGAUAUUAGAUAUGCGAGGUUCAACCUGGCAGAUAGUUAAACCAAUUCUUAAAGUAUUACAGGAAUGUUUUCCUGGCAGCAUUUAUAUAGCUUUUAUAAUCAAACCAGAGAAGUUCUGGGAAAAACAAAGAACUAGUCUUGGAAGUGCCAAAUAUGCUUUUGAGACUUGUAUGAUCUCACUUGACAAUCUAACCAAAUCCAUUGACCCCACCCAGCUGACAAGAGAAUUUGAUGGGGCGCUGGAAUAUAAUCAUGAGCAAUGGAUACAGCUUAGAUUGAUGUUAGAAGAAUUUAUAUGUAAAGCCUUAGAUCUCCUUGAUAAGCUAGAUGAACUUGGAAAUAUUCUGACCAAUCCAGAGCUUCCAGAGAAUUUAAAUGGUGCACAGUGUCGUCUGGAGGAACAUAAUCAACUGAAGAGACGGGUCAAUAUGGCACCUGUUGAACAGUUAGGGAUGGAAGGGCAGAGGAUACUGAUGGAAAUUACAGGGGACCAGCAACAAGGUCGAAGGUUUGUGGUAUCAGCCACUGCAGAUUUUCAGAGUUCCGUCCCCCAGAUUUCACAGCUACUGGACAGGAUGCAUGGUCAGAAACAGCAUCUGAAUCAAUUAUGGUCAGUCAAACGUUUAAGAUUGGAACAAUGUCUGCAGCUCAGAAUAUUUGAAGAAGAUGUUGAAAAGAUGUUUGACUGGAUUGGUCACAAUAAAGAUAUGUUUCUAGUCCAUUAUACAGAUAUUGGUAACUCCCACCAGAUGGCAGUAGAGUUAGAAGUUGAACAUAGUCAAUUUGCAAAUAGUGCUGUUAAUGUAUAUGUAAAUAUAACCCGUAUCCUUGGUAUGGCUCAGAAGUUAUGUGAUGGUGGUCACUAUGCCUCUAGUUCUAUAAGAAUGCAGGCCAGUCGACUGGAGAGAGAAUGGAAGAACUUAGCUGCAGCUCUGGAUGAUAGAAGUGCUGUUCUUAAUAUGUCUACUUCCUUCCAUAAAAAGGCUGAACAGUACUUAGCUCAAGUUAUUGGGUGGAGACAAGCAUGUGAAGAUCCUGGUAUACCCAAUAAUAUCCAUGAGUUAGAAACAUCCUUACAGCAGCACCAGAGCUUGAUAGAGGCUAUAAGUCAAUCAUAUGCUGAGGUGUGUCAGGAUGGUAAACAGUUAUUAGAUACUCUCCAGACACCUGUUAGUUCUAGUAGUAUGAACAGUAUUACUGCUAAGGCAGAUUAUUCAGAGGCUUCUGGACACGUUCUGGAUGUCGUUCAUGAGGUACUUGCUCAUCAGAGACAUUUGGAACAGACAUGGCAUACCAAGAAAGUAAAACUUCAUCAAAGACUAGGACUGAGGUUGUUCCAACAAGAUGUUAAACAGGUAAUUGAUUGGUUGGAUAGUCAUGGAGAUGGAUUUCUUAAAAAGAAUACAACCAUUGGUCGAAGUUUACAGAGAGGAAAAGCUUUACAGAAAAGUCAUGAACAUUUUGAAACGGUUGCUCAGAACACUGUUACAAAUGCUGACAAAUUAUUGGCUGCUGCUGAUGAACUUGCUCAGACGGGAGAAUGUGAUCCAGAGGAGAUCUACCGUGAAGCUCAGGAAUUAGAGGCUCGUAUGGCUAGCUUCAUUACAGCCCUGGAAAGGAGGCGUGUCACUUUGGACAUGACAGUUUUCUUCUACACUCAUGUUCAUGAGCUUACCUGCUGGUUGGAAGAACUCCAACAAGAACUUCAGAGUUCAGAGAUUGCUGACACAGUUGAGGGAGCAGAACAACUCCUAGGACAGUUUAACCAACAAAGGGAGACAACUAUAGAGGCAGCCAUUAAUACUGUCAGUGAAGGAGAAAAUUUAUUGGAGCAGCUACGGGUAUUUAGUACGGAACCAGAUAGGAUCAACCAGAACCCAGACUACACUCAUAUAGAAGGUGUUCUUCAUCAGUUAAAUGAAAGCAGGUCGCAGCUAGAGGAAUUGUGGGCAGCAAGGAAAAUGAAACUAGACUUGUGUUUACAGCUGAGAUUGUUUGAGAGAGAUUCACUAGAGGUGUCGUCACAGUUAGAGCUUUGGGCAGAAGAACUUCAACACCAGGAACUUGGUAAUGAAGGCAGUAAAGCAGAACAACUCUUACAGGCUCAUAAUGAAAGUGUUCUCCUGAUGCAGAAUUGUACAUUUGAAGUUUUACAGAGAGGACAAGAUUUAAUACAGGUUUUUGAGAAUUCUGGGAUACAGUUAAUGGCUGAUUCCCAAUGUGAGGCUCAGUCACGUAUCCAGGCGUUGUUAGAAUACUUACAUGAGAGAGAAAUGGACCUGGAAGCCAUUGCUGAAUCAAAGAGGGAAAGAUUGGAACAACUUGUACAGCUCAGGAACUUUGAAGUAGAAGCCAGACAGGUGAUAUACUGGAUAGACCAUGGAAAGUCCAUGUUAAUCAGUUGUUUUACCUGUCCAAAUUCAUUAAUGGAGGCUGAAUCUUUGAAGAAAGAACAUGAACAAUUCAUGCAUGCUAUUGAGAAAACCAAUAUUAGCAUGGCCCAGGUGACACAGCGAGCUGAGAAUAUGAUACAAGCUCACCAUUUUAAUUCUGAUCUGAUCCGAGCCAUUGCCGAGAACGUAACAUUUGCCUGGCAACAACUGAUGUAUCAUACAGAAGAAAGACAUAAACUUGUAAUGGCGUCCAUGAACUGGUACAAAACUGCUGAACAGGUCUGGUCUGUGUUGGAAAGUUUAGAUGCUGAUUAUAAACGAGAUGAAGACUGGUGUAGCACAGAGAGGGCCAAUACAGGGGAUAAAGCUAAUUAUUUAUUACAAUUAAUUAAUAAACAUAAUGAACAGAAAGAGGCCUUUUUGAAGGCCUGUACCCUUGCCAGAAGAACUGCUGAAAGUUUCCUGAAGUAUGUAAACAGAAAUUUACACACUUUUGGUUCACAGAUCAAAUUUAGAAGUCCAGAAAAACAUGUAAAAGAAAAUGAUGAAAACAAAUAA